AUGUCAAGCCGCAAGAAGACCCUCCUCAAGGUCAUCAUUCUAGGCGACUCUGGAGUGGGUAAAACGUCGCUCAUGCAGCAGUUUGUCAACAACAAAUUCUCUCAGCAAUAUAAGGCCACCAUUGGCGCCGACUUCUUGACCAAGGACCUCACCAUCAAUGGCAAGACGGUCUCGUUGCAGAUUUGGGACACUGCCGGCCAGGAACGGUUUCAGAGCUUGGGUGUGGCGUUCUACCGUGGUGCUGAUUGCUGUGUGCUUUGCUACGACGUUACCAAUGAGAAAUCACUCACCAACUUGGCCUCUUGGAAGGAUGAGUUUUUGGUGCAACUGAACGUGCUGAACCCGCAAGACUUCCCCUUCAUUAUCAUUGGCAACAAGAUUGACGUGGACGAGAGCAGGAGGAUCCCGCUGUUGUCGAAGAAGUUGAUGAACAUCACCAACAAUCAGCUAGGAGGUAUGAACUACCCUGUUUUCGAGACGAGCGCCAAGGACUCCAUUAACGUGGAGGCUGCGUUUGAAGUGGUGGCCAAGAUGGCGUUGCAGCAGGAAGAGUUGAACGAAGGCUCUCGGAACGACAUCAACGACGACUACAACGACGCUAUCAACAUUCACCUGGAGAACGAGCUGGGUGGAUGUGCGUGCUGA